ACCAAGUGAAAAAGUGGAAGAGGAGCCCGGAGAGAAGACAACAUCUUGCUUGUCUGGGGAGAUUUCAAGGUGAAUCCAGUAAAGCAAAAUCCCCCAAACAGACAGUGGAUGGAAAAUGCCCCGUUCCUUUUUGGUGAAGAGCAAAAAGGCUCACACCUACCAUCAGCACCGCUGUGUGGAAGAUGAGCUGCCUGUCCUCACCUGGGACCCAGUAACCUCUCCCUUCACUGCCAGAGGAGACAGCACACCAGAAGACAUCAAGAAACAGAACCUAGAACACAUGGUUCCAAAACAAGAAAAGGACCUAUCUGAACCAAAAGAAGAAAGUGUCCCUGUCCAGUACCUGAGCAGGAUGGUGCCAGCCCCCUCAGCUCAAGAGAUGCCCAUCCCAGGGCUGCCCAUGAAAGACACGACGAGCACCUUCUACAAACCCAGCUUUUCCUGGGAUGCUUUCCAUGUGCCAUACAGCUACAGACAGAUGUCUUCCAGCAUGCAGUCAGCCCUCCUGGAGCACCCUGUUAGCCUCUAUGGGAGCCACCUCCUGCCAAGCUCUGAGCCCCCCCUGGAUUACAGCAUGCAUUACUCCUCUGACCUGGAGACCUUCCACUGUGUGAAGUGCAACAAGGUGUUCUCCACUCCCCAUGGGCUGGAAGUCCAUGUCAGAAGGUCUCACAGUGGCACCCGUCCCUUUGCUUGUGAGGUUUGUGGCAAAACCUUUGGCCAUGCUGUGAGCCUGGAGCAGCACACCAAUAUUCACUCCCAGGAAAGAAGUUUUGAGUGCAAGAUGUGUGGGAAGACAUUCAAACGUUCCUCCACCCUCUCCACCCAUCUCCUGAUCCACUCGGACACCCGGCCCUACCCCUGCCAGUACUGUGGCAAACGCUUCCACCAGAAGUCAGACAUGAAGAAACACACUUACAUCCACACUGGGGAGAAGCCCCACAAGUGCCAGGUAUGUGGCAAAGCCUUCAGCCAGAGCUCCAACCUCAUCACCCACAGCCGCAAGCACACGGGCUUCAAACCCUUCAGCUGUGAGCUCUGUGCCAAGGGCUUCCAGCGCAAGGUGGAUCUGCGGAGGCACCGGGAGACCCAGCACAGCCUCAAGUGAGGGAUGGCUCCAGCUCUCUGCUGCAGCUCCCACUGCCUCUGCUUGCUCCAGGAACAAUGACUCUCCCCAGCACCUCCACCCAACAGGGCCUGGGAAGCAUUCUAUGCUUUGAGGACCAUCAAAGUCAGAUCAUUGGCUUGGGUGUCCCAGCACCCCAGGGCUCUGGACAUCCCAGCAGGUGACAAAGGAACCUGUAGAAGCUCUCACUUUUCACUUACAACAGGUACUAGCCCAGAUCUGAUGUUACCUGCUCCAGUGUAAAUCCAGAGGAAUUCCUCCAAGGUCACUGUUACUCUGAUUUACACCAGGUGCAGAAUGGGGUUCAUCAGACUGACCAGCAGUCAGCUGGGAACUCCUGGGCCAGGGGCAGCAACAAUCUGUGCCAAGCUAGUGCCAUAACCAUUCUCUGCUUUGAUGGUGAGGAAGAGAUGGCUAAAGUAUGCAAACAGAUUGCAGUCAGUGAGCCGUGUUCAGCCCAGACACAGCUUCUGCAGGGAUUUGCUCAGGUCAUCAAUCUGGCAACAGACAACUAAAGUAAUUUUCUUUCAGUGGAGCAUUUACUGUGAUCAAAAGACAAGUUAACUGCGUUGUAUUUUUAGCUUGGAGUAGGAGGAAAAAUACUGAAAAACCAGCUUGCAUCCCUAGCUGGUAAGUGGGGUCUCCAAAUGCAUUCCUCAUACACCCCAUGAUGCAAAGAUCCCUGGGUUGGUGGCAACCAAACCAUCUCCAGGAAGAGCCCUGAGUUAGUGAGCCCCUUGUCUCAGUCCCAUGCAGGAGAGACUGGCUGCUCCUGCAGCCCAGGCUGCUGUGUCCUACAGUAUUCACUGCAUGCUGGGCACACAGGCUUCAGGCUGUCCUGGGCAAUCCUGUCUCACUCCGUGGUCAGGAAUGGCCUUGGAGAGUAAUGUCAAGGGCCACAGGUUUGUUUCCAAGCUGCUCUUCUGAAGGAGGAACUGACCCAGCCUGUACACAUUGGCAUAGAGUGCAAGAACCUUACAAAUAUUGUACAAACAGAGCAGAGGGUAUUUCCUCCUCGUUCCAGGUCUAGGGGUUGAAACAAAACCACUGGCACAAGAGCCAGCUCCCCUCCAAGCUCUAUUCUUUUUUCACUGUAUAAUCUCUGGCAAGUCACUGCACUGGGCAUUUAUUUCCCCACCCCUCCUGGUGAUGUGGUCAUUCACUCAGGUUUGUACACUCCCUUGAGAGCUUAACAGGAAGAACAAGGAAUUAUUACAGCAUUAAAAGACAAGUGCUUUCAGUUAAACAGGGCAUCAUAACAACCCAAUGGCUCCAUAGCUCCAUCCUUCAACACAUUGCCCUGGACAAUGACACUGGUGGGAAGCAGCCUGGAGAACAGGCUGUGCCACCCCCCAUUUCCCUCUGAAUGCUGAGGAAGGAAAGCUGAGCAGCAAUGGUCCUACUGGAAAAUUCAUUGAUUGCCAGGAGAAAAGAAGAGGUUUGUCCUGCCCUCAGUUCCACUGCUGUAAAUCCAAAGUUGUUCUCCUAAGACCUAAAACAUGCUUGCCCCUGUUCUAUGCUGUCCCUAAGCUGUUAGUCAUUAAUCCACGUGCUGGAAAAUGAAAAGAAUCUGUACUCCUGGCUUUACUGGCACACUGUAAAUAUGUAUUUAUACUUAUUUGAAUGUAUAUUUUUAUUGCACUAUGCCAGACAGUGACAACAUGUACAGGCCUGCUGGGAUUUAGCU